UAUAAGCAUAUUCUAUCAAGCAAAAGUUUUGAUCCGAGGGCUAGUGUUAAAGGAUUUACUUUUAUCGAGUAAACUAGUAUGCUUAAAAAAAAUUAAUGUUCUCUUUAAAUUGCAUUUAUCAUCCAACGGACAUAUAAAAACAAAAUAAAUAAUUUUAAAGGGAAAACCAAAAGACUCUAGCCAUUUAAUUAGUAACGGUAACAUUAUUUUUCCUUAUCUAUAUAUAUCUUCUUCUUCAUUCCAUCUAAACGAGAAAGUCUACACUACACUCCAUUACAAUCCAAAUGAAUUGGUCUUUGACCCCAAUGCUUCGGUCCUGGGGACAGCAGCCGGUUUAUAGUUUUCUUUGAUUUUCGGUCCUGGGAAGGAAGCAGAAAAUCAAAGAAGAAGCAGGUUAAGAUCACUUCAUUGAAAUUCAGAACUGAGAGCAAAGAGUUAAGGUGAAAGAGGAAGAAGUCUGCCGAGAAGAUUCAAGCGAUAGAUGGUGGAAGAAAAGAUGAGAAUCCCAUUGCUCAAGGUAUCUAAUUAAUUUCGUUCUUUUUCUGUUUUUUUCAAAUCUUUUUUUUUUGGGGAGAUUCUAUAUUUACUUGGAUUGAAAAAGGAAGAAGCUUGUGUGUAUAUUCAUAGUGUGGAAACAAUUAGAAACUAGCGUCCCAUCAUUUGAUUGAUCGUUAGAGGUUAUGUUCCAUUUGAAUUUAUACUUAUGAGAUCACUUUGUUAUUUCUAUCAGUUCUUGGAAAUAUUCUAUAUUUACUUUGAUUGAAAAUGGAAGAAGCUUUAUGUAUUCAUAAUGUGAAACCAUUUAGAAACUAACAUCCUGUCUAUUUGAAUGAUUGUUAGAGAGGUUAGGUUCCAUUUGAAUUUACACUUAUGAGAUCACUUUGUUAUUUCUAUCAGUUCUUGGCAAAUAUUAUAUAUUUGCUUAGAUUGAAAAUGGAAGAAGCUUAUGUGUAUCUUCAUAAUGUGGAAACACUUAUGAGAUCAUUUUGUUAUUUCUAUCAGUUCUUGGCAAUAUUCUACAUUUGCUUAGAUUGAAAAUGGAAGAAGCUUAUGUGUAUCUUCAUAAUGUGGAAACAUUUAUGAGAUCGUUUUGUUAUUUCUAUCAGUUCUUGGCAAUAUUUUAUAUUUGCUUAGAUUGAAAAUGGAAGAAGCUUAUGUGUAUCUUCAUAAUGUGGAAACACUUAUGAGAUCAUUUUGUUAUUUCUAUCAGUUUUUGGCAAUAUUCUACAUUUGCUUAGAUUGAAAAUGGAAGAAGCUUAUGUGUAUCUUCAUAAUGUGGAAACACUUAUGAGAUCAUUUUGUUAUUUCUAUCAGUUCUUGGCAAUAUUUUAUAUUUGCUUAGAUUGAAAAUGGAAGAAGCUUAUGUGUAUCUUCAUAAUGUGGAAACACUUAUGAGAUCAUUUUGUUAUUUCUAUCAGUUCUUGGCAAUAUUCUACAUUUGCUUAGAUUGAAAAUGGAAGAAGCUUAUGUGUAUCUUCAUAAUGUGGAAACACUUAUGAGAUCAUUUUGUUAUUUCUAUCAGUUCUUGGCAAUAUUUUAUAUUUGCUUAGAUUGAAAAUGGAAGAAGCUUAUGUGUAUCUUCAUAAUGUGGAAACACUUAUGAGAUCAUUUUGUUAUUUCUAUCAGUUCUUGGCAAUAUUUUAUAUUUGCUUAGAUUGAAAAUGGAAGAAGCUUAUGUGUAUCUUCAUAAUGUGGAAACAAUUAGAAACUAGCGUCCAGUCUAUUUGAUUGAUUGUUAGAGAGGUUAGGUUCCAUUUGACUUAACAAUUAUGAGAUCAUUUUGUUAUUCCUAUCAGUUCUUGGCAAUAUUCUAUAUUUUCUUAGAUUGAAAAGGAAGAAGCUUAUGUGUAUAUUCAUAAUGUAGAAACAAUUAGGAACUAGCAUCCUAUCUAUUUGAAUGAUUGUUAGAGAGGUUAGGUUCCAUUUGACUUUUACACUUAUGAGAUCACUUUGUUAUUCCUAUCAAUCCUUGGCAAUAUACAGUUUUCCCCUCUUGUUUUAAACGUUUUAAAAAAAAUUGCUUGUUUGCAAUCAUGUGAUGAUGAUGUGCAUGUUUGUUUGUUUCCGUGCAAUCAUGUGAUGAGGAAGAAGAAGCUUGUGAGAUUGGAGAUGGUCAGGAGGAGCUUGAGAAUGAGAGCUGAUAUUAGGAUUAUGAAACAUUUGGUCACGUGGCCAACAUCAAAGGUAGUGUUAUAUGUUGGGAGUCUUGAGCAUAUCUUCAAGCAAGAAGGCAUGCGUGGCUUAUACCGUGGUCUUUCCCCUACCGUCAUGGCUCUUAUCUCGAAAUUGGGCGGUUUAUUUCACAAUGUAGGACCAACUCAAGAGCUUUUUAAUUUCAAAUGGUUAGUCUUUUCUUUGUUUUUGCUUCCUGUGUUCUUAAACAAACAAUGGGAGUUAAUCUUCUCACAUGCAUUAGAUGAGGAUCACAAACUCAGCGGGGUUGGUGCUAACGUAAUGGCUGCCUCUGGUGCUGGAGCUGCAACCACCAUUGCCACUAAUCAUCCUCUUUGGGUUGUCAAGACUCGUCUUCAGACACAAGGAAUGAGAGCGGGUGUACAGUGGACUUGUGCCUGCACUAGCUGGUAUUAGUCACGUUGCCAUCCAGGUGAUAAAUCAGUGGAUGAUCUGAAUGCUCGUGAUGUAGCAGUUGCCUCUUCAAUUUGCUUUCACAUUAACCUAUCCGCACGAGGUUGUGCGAGCAAGGCUUCAAGAGUGAGAAACGAUACUCGGGGUUUUUUUAAAGAGGAUGUGUCACUAAUCUCCCUACUCCUGCUGCAGCUAUCACAUUCACUAGCUUCGAAAUGGUUCAUCGUUUCCUGGUAACUCUCUUACCUUCCGAGCAAAGCUCUGUAUUUUAGAUUGUUUUUCUCUUAUGAUGAUGAUGACGCGACAAAAAUUAGAAAGAUUUUGUAUGUAAUAAUAUUUGCUUGAUCGUUUUUUGUUA